UCUAGCUGCAAAUGGGCUACCACUCCACCGGCGCUAGCGGCGGCGGCGGCGUCGGCGUCGGAGGUGGAGAAGAACUUCGACGGUGGCCGACAGGCCGAGCGAAGGCAAUGAAGCUGCGGAGGUUUGUGCUCGCGGCGCGGGGGAUACGUCGGAGGCACGGACGGUGCCGGCGAAUGAGAUGGAGCCCGGAGGAGCCGCGCGGCGUGCGACUGCGGAGGCAGCGGCGCCGGCGAGCAAUCGAUUCCAUCUCGCAGCCGCCGGCGGGGAUGAGCAGAGACAGGAAGAAGAAACAGCUACCACGAAGCCGGCAGUCCAGGAAUCACCUGAGCAAGAGAAACAGCGAGCAUCCAGAGCUUCAGACAACCAUGGCCGACGGCCACCAAUGGAAGAUUGUCAAGAUACCACCGAUUGUGCAGGAGCUCGCCGGCGAGGUGCAUGAGCCGCCGAGCCAGUACGUGGUCCGCGAGCAAGACCGCCCCUCCGUCGCCGCCGUCUCCGGCAUGCCUGAGCCUGUCCCCAUCGUCGACCUCAGCCGCCUGUCCGCCUCCGACGACGAGGACCGCGCCGGCGAGCUCGCCAGGCUGCGCUCCGCCGUGGAGGACUGGGGCCUCUUCCUGGCUGUUGGACAUGGCAUUGAUCCGAGCUUUCUUGGCGAGGUGAUCAAUGUGACGAGAGGAUUCUACGAGCUCCCGCUGGAGGAGAAGCAGAAGUACUCCAACCUGGUGAACGGCAAGGAGUUCAGGAUCGAAGGCUACGGCGACGACAUGGUCGUGUCAGAGGAACAGAUCUUGGACUGGUGCGACAGGUUCUACCUCAUCGUCGAGCCCGAGUCCCGGAUAGCCCACAGCCUCUGGCCAACGCAGCCUCCUUCGUUCAGAGAUGUUGUGCGCGAGCACACUGUCAGGUGCAGGGAGAUCGCCGGCCUGGUGCUCGCCAAGAUGGCCGGCCUGCUGGGGUUGCAGGAGGGGUACUUCGCCGGCAUGCUGGACGAGAACGCCAUGACCUACGCGAGGUUCAAUUACUACCCUCGCUGCCCGAGGCCGGAGCAGGUGCUGGGCCUGAAGCCGCACUCGGAUGCGUCGGUGAUCACCGUCGCCUCCAUGGACGACAGCGUCAGUGGGCUUCAGGUGCUCAGGCAGGGCGUCUGGUACGACGUGCCCAUCGUCCCCAACGCGCUCCUUAUCAACGUCGGGGAUGGAAUUGAGAUAAUGAGCAACGGGGCGUUCAAGAGCCCGGUGCACAGGGUGGUGACGAACGCCGAGAGGGACCGGGUGUCGCUGGCGAUGUUCUACACGCUGGACCCGGAGAAGGAGCUGGAGCCGGCGCCGGAGCUGGUCGACGACGAGCGGCGGCCAAGGCGGUACGCCAAGACGAAGACCAAGGACUAUGUCACCGGUCUCUUCGAGACGUUUGCGAGAGGGACGCGAGUCAUCGACACUGUCAGGAUAUCUGAAUGAGACCUUUUCGUCGUAUGGAAAUAAUCAUCGUGGGUCCGUGUGGUUUCAGCUUUGCUUCAAUAAAAAUUAUUAUACUUGUUUCAUAUUAUAAGAUAUUUUGGUAUUAUUUAAUUUAUAUGUAGGCUAAUGAAU